AAUACCAUUCAGCAGCAUCACCGUCAAUUGAUUGCACGCGAGCAUACAAUGGGCAGGGACGCGGUAGCGGCGGAGGCCCAAUCGGAGACGGGCAGCACGACGCCACCAACUUUCAGCGAUCCAAAUGCCAGACCCGACGUCUUCACAUCCACCCUGCAGGAAUGUCUGUGUCUACUCUCGUGUACGCUGGCGGUCGCCAUGACCUCGUUCCUCACGGGCGGAGUGACCGUCAUGUCGAGUUUUGCUGCGAGGGAGUUGAACAUGACAAAUGCUGAAAUCACUUGGAUGGCUGCAUCAACAUCACUAUCAGCAGGAGCACUCCUUCUCUUCUUCGGAAGCAUCGCCGACGUCUUUGGUCGCAAAAGCAUGUUCGUCAUGUCCAUGUUUCUCUUCGCCGUCUUCUGUUUGGGCGCCAGCUUCUCGCGCAACGGCAUCACGCUCGACAUCAUGAAUGGCGUUCUCGGCAUCUUCAGCGCCUCCGUCGUGCCCCCAGCACAAGGUAUACUGGGCACCGUCUAUCCCAAACCUUCGAAGCGGAAGAACAAGGCCUUUGGGUGCUUCAGUGCCGGAAACCCUCUGGGCUUCGUCUUUGGGUGUAUUUUCUGUGGACUGGCUACCCAACUGUUCAAUUGGCGCGCCAGUUAUCGAUUGUUAGCUAUUGUGUAUUUGGUGGUGAGCCUAGUGGCGGCGUUUACUGUCCCCAGUGAUCGCACGGAGAAGGUGAAAUUUGAUGGGGAGACGGUGAAGAGGUUGGAUCUAGUUGGGACGAGUAUGACGAUUGUUGGGAUAGGAUGCUUCUGUGCCUCCCUUUCUCUUGGGGCCGACGCACCAAAUGGCUGGAGGACGCCUUACGUUCUUGUUCUGUUAAUCCUGGGCCUCGUACUCAUUGCAUCAUUCAUCGUCUGGGAGAUCAAAUACCCGUACUCGUUGAUUGAUAUGAAUAUCUGGAAGGAUCGAGACUUCUCCAUUUUACUGGCGCUCAUAUCAGUCGGCUUCGUUGGCUUCCCUAUAUUUUCCUUCUGGAUAGCUCUCUACUUCCAGCGGGUGCUCGAGCUCUCAGCUUUGAUGACGGGCGUCUACAUGCUGCCUAUGGCUAUCUGCGGCUUUCUCGCCAAUCUUGUGGCUGCGCUCAUCCAGCACAGAGUUUCCAACAAGUUGCUGGUAGGCAUCGGUGCUGCGGCUUAUGUGGUGGCCUUCAUGCUGGCAGCUGUGCAAAGAAAUGGAGAUAGUUAUUGGGCGUUCAGCUUCCCUGCACUGUGUUUGUGCGUUGUAGGUGCGGACUUUGAGUUCAUUGUCGCCAACAUGUACGUGCUCUCGUCCAUGCCACCGAACAAGCAGUCGAUUGCAGGCUCGCUCAUUCAAACCAUCACUCGUCUGUGUUCCGCUGUUGGGUAUGGGAUUGGGACGGCCAUCUUCGACUCGGUGCAACGCAAUCCGACGGCGUCUGGUUACUACGCGCACAACGCGGUGGAGCCGUAUGCGGCGGUCUGGUGGCUCGCAACCGGGGUGACUGUGAUUGGUGUAAUUCUUGUGCCGUUCUUGAAGAUCGGGACGCAGGGUCAUGCUGGAGACGAAGGCAGACUACGGAAGAAUGAGGUUAAGGGUGUGGGGAACGAGGGGGUGGGUGUUGCCGUACGUGGGAGAGGUGCCGACGUGGAGAAGGGCAUGUGA